AAGUGACCGUGGCGUCAUCCGGCGACAGUGGCGGUGCACCAGCGGGCGAACAAUCGAACGCCCUGCUCUCCAAACUAGGCAGUUCGCUGUUCGGGGCCACCGGCUCGCCCCAGAAGGUGGUCACCAACAUCCGUGGAUUCCUUUCGAACCGGCUGACAAGCGUAUCGAUCCCCGACACAGGAUGGAAAGAUUCCAUUCUGCAACUGCCGAAGAAAUGGCUCUCGACAUCGGAAGCAACGGACGAGUUUGGAUUCCCCCAGAUGCUGCCCAAGGUACCCGUUCCGACGGUGGAACAAACGAUGGCCGAAUAUCUGCGGGUGUUACAACCGAUCGUAACGCCACAGCAGCUCGAUCGGACCAAGUCAAUCAUUAAGCAGUUCAGUGCCACCAUCGGACCGGGCUUGCAGGAGUAUCUACUUGCGAGGCGAGAAACCGAGGACAAUUGGGCGUACCACUACUGGCUCAACGACAUGUACAUGGACAACCCGUUACCGUUGCCGAUCAAUUCGAACCCGGGCAUGGUGAUGCCACCGCGUAAGUUUACCACCGUCAACGAUCUGGCCCAAUUUGCGGCACAACUCAUCGAUCAGCUGAUGGAUCAUAAGGAAAUGCUGGAAGGUGGUGGACUGAAGCAGGAACGGGCGGCUUCACGCGAAAAGGGACAACCGUUGUGUAUGGCACAGUAUUAUCGAUUGCUUGGGUCCUGCCGACGUCCGGGCGAUCCUCGCGACAGUCAGUAUCUACCACCGGGUGGCGAACAGACCGAUGCACACGUCAUCGUUUGCUGCCGCAAGCAUAUGUACUGUGUAGCGGUAAAGGCAGGCGAUCGUGGACGUUUGAACGAAAACGAACUAGCCGCACAGCUGUUGCACAUUCUCAACGAAGCCCCUUGUCUGCCGGAGACCGAAUCCGUCGUCGGUAUCCUGACCACCGAACCACGACCCAAAUGGGCUGCCGAUCGUGAAAUGUUACUGCUCGAGGAACGCAACGCACGCAACAUUGAACUAAUCGAAACGGCUCUCGUACUGGUCUGUAUCGAUGAACCGAUACCUCUCUCGUACAAUGCGCGCGGUUUCAACGGAUCACCGGCCGGUGCACACUAUGCGGGCGGUCGGGACGAAAGCAACAUGGCGCACGAGAUGAUACACGGUGGUGGCAGCGCUUACAACACUGCGAACCGUUGGUUCGAUAAGACGAUGCAGCUGAUUAUUUGCAACGAUGGUACGUGGGGACUCUGCUACGAGCAUUCGCCCUCGGAGGGUAUCGCUGUCGUACAGCUGCUGGAAGGUAUUCUGAAGCGCAUCGACGAGUCACCGGCUAAAGAUGAGCCGGCCGAUCAGCUACAGCUGCAACAGUCCCAUCUCCCACCACCGGAACGGUUGGAAUGGAUUGUGCGGCCAGAGAUUGAGCGACGUCUACGCGAGGCAACCCGUUCGGUGGACAGACGCAUUGAAGAUCUCGAUUUUUACGUGUACCGGUACAAACCGUACGGUAAAAACUUCAUCAAAGCGUGCCAGGUCAGCCCGGACGUGUACAUUCAGUUGGCGUUACAGUUGGCUCACUACAAACUAUACGGACAGUUGGUAAGUACGUACGAGAGUGCCUCCACCAGACGGUUCCUGCUCGGACGAGUCGAUUGCAUCCGUUCGGCCAGCAUGGAAGCGCUCGAGUGGGCCAAAGCGAUGUGCCAAGGCGAAGGUCCGAACGUGACGCUCGAAAGCGACAAGGAGGACGACUACAGUGCCGAAGCCGCAUCGGAUGUCAAAAAAGUAACUUUCAGUAUUUACAGUAAGGAUCAUCUGAGGGAGCUGUUUCGUUGUGCUACUGCUCGACAAACCGAAGUCAUGGUGCAAAACAUACUUGGCUACGGGAUCGAUAUACAUCUGCUCGGGCUGAGGGAAGCUUGCCGGGAGCGGGAAGGAAAUCUGCACGAGCUGUUUACGGAUGAGUGCUAUAAAAUUGCUAAUUGUUUUCUUCUCUCCACCAGUCAGGUGGCAUGCUCAACCAACAGCUUUAUGGGAUAUGGUCCGGUAACGCCACACGGCUACGGAGCCUCGUACAAUCCCCAUCCGAAUGAGAUUAUCUUCUGCAUUUCGGCCUUCUUUACGUCGGACAAAACGAGCGCAUCCCGGUUCGCCCGCUCACUGCAAGACUCGCUGGACGCGAUGCGGGAUCUGUUAUCGUAA